AGCUGAACCGUACAGUACCAAAUCUGCGAACCGGGAAAAAACAGGUGAACACAGUUCAAGCUGGCUAACCAACGUUGUGGUUCUUCAGCACUCGAAAAACUCGGGGGCAACGAAACCGACGGAUGCGAAGGCGCAAAUAGCGCGAGCCGUUAAACCUUUUUGUUUGUGUUGCUACUUCAAAGAUCGCAAUGGCGACGCUCAAGGAUCGUUUCGCGGCUGCGUUCUUCUUCAGUGAUCCAGAGGACGCGCUCGCCGCGGAGAAGGCCCGCAACGAGGAGGCGAGGGCGAAGGCGACGGAGACCCGACUUCGACACAGUCAAGAGGAGCGCGACUUCAAGGAUAAGGUGGACCAGCUAGACAACAAAAUCAAGCACCAGCGCGAGCACUACGCGCGCCAAGCCGCGCCGAUGCUGAAGGAGUUCGAUGACAUUGCAAUUUCGCAGCACUACUAUCAGGAGGUGGGCAACAACGUCAGCGCACAGGAAAGCUUUGUUGAUCAGAUGGUGCAGCGGGAGGUGCAACAGUUCGGUUACAUGAGCAAGAAGCUUGUGUCUGUCGGCCUCAACUUUGAGGCGCUGCGGCAGAAGAUGCGCUCGGGUGAGCCGUUCGCGCAGGAGUUGAAGUCCGCCCUCGACGACGCGGAGAGCGAGGACCUGAUCGUGAUGUCGGCGCCACUGCAGCAUUUUGCGGAGCGGGGGGUGCCGAAGCCGACCCUCGUGCGGGCGGCCGCCUUCGACCUUGCGCGGUCCAUCGAGGAAACCGGCAAAGCCCCCGUGCAGCAGCCGGUGCGAAGUUGGCUCGACAUGCUGAAGUUCCGCACCGCUUUUAGCCCCUCCACCGUGGACCAAAACGAAGUGCGCGCGCGACGCGCGGCGACGCAGUUUACGCGCUAUGUGGAGCAGAAUCAAUACGCUGCCGCCCUGUCUCUCGCGGAGGAGGCAGCGAAGUGGACGCGCAACGAGAAAGACGCCUCGUUUGAGUACUUCGAUAACUCGUACCAGAGUUUUCUCCAAGCGGCGGUGCCGGCCAUCACGUCGGAAGUAUUUCUGGCUUACGCAUCGGCCUCGCUGAAUGCGUCGCGGUACGCGUGCGUGGAGCACAUGUUGAAGGAGCAGUAA